UAGACUUGGGGAAAAAGCUCCAGGCACAGCAAGAAGAGAAAUUCGAGCCAUUAAAAUCCGGUCUCCUUGCAAAAGGUUAUUUUCCAAAUUUUCAUGAAAUUUUGAUUCUAACCUAGAGGAGGGAUCUCUGGAGAUAAAUGGCUUGGAGACUAUCGUCUUGCUGAGGUCGUCUUCGUUGGGAGGACAUUCAUGAAAACACUCUCGGUAUUGAUGAUUUAGACUUGGGGGAAAAAGUACAGCAAAAGGAGAAAUUCGAGCCAUUAAAAUUCGAUCUCCUUGCAAAAGAUUAUUUUUCAAAUCAGUUCAUGGAAAUUUUAAUUCUAACCGAUCGCUAGAGAUAAAUGACUAUCAUUUUGCUGUGAUCGCGUCUUCGUUGGAGGAAAUUCAUGAAAACACUUCCGGUAUUGAUGAUUUAGACUUGGGGAAACAGCUCCAGGUACAGCAAGAAGAGAAAUUCGAGCCAUUAAAAUCCAGUCUCCUUGUAAAAGGUUAUUUUUCAAAUAUUCAGGAAAUUUUGAUUCUAACCCAUAGAGGAGGGAUCUCUGGAGAUAAAUGGCUUGGAGACUAUCAUUUUGCUGUGGUCGUCUUCGUUGGGAGGACAUUCAUGAAAACAAUAUGUUCGUUUCUGAAGCCAAAGGUGUUUAUCAGCUCCUGAAGGACAUGUAAUACAGCUGAAUGGCAGUUCAAUUCGACGCUCAAAAUAACAAGAUUAUAAGGAUGUGGAGUGACCCAUAUGAAGGAGCAAAAAGAGGCAAUAUAUAUAUAUAUAUAUAUACCUAGUUAUUUCUCCAACGUGGGAUUCGCCGAUCGUUUUACCAACGUACAGUAAGCCGAAUUUACAAGUAAAUACGUUUGCCAGUUUCGAUGGGAAAACUUGUCCAACUCGGAAAUUCAAAUUAUUAGAUGAGCGCCACCUCGUGGCGAGAGAAUAGUACUAAAUUAUAUUUCCUGUGAAUGUAUCACGUGACUUCCAACUCAAUGUUUAUUUAGAGAUAAAAGUGCAUCAUUUGUAAGCUUUGUUGUUCUGACAGUUGGCCAAGCCUUAAGUCAUUUAAGAAGAAGAUUUGUAAGCUUUUUAUGUGAAAGGUGUAUACAAAAUUAAGAAAAAUAAUUUUUUUUUAAAGGAACAAGUGUUUUUGCUAAUUACCUAGAAAUUAGUUAAAACUUAAAACAAAAUGGAUGCAACUGAUUUAAAUGAUCAACUUCAAACGUGUCCAUAUGAUAAAUCACAUCGCUUUUUAAAAAGUAAAAGGCAAUAUCAUUUGGUAAAAUGUCGUAAAAAUCAUCCCUGUGACAAAAGUCAAAUGAAAACAUGUCCUUAUGAUGCGACACAUAUUAUUAACGAAGUAGAAUUUGCGUAUCACAUUAAUAACUGUUCAGAAAGUGGAAAAGUAGUAAAUUUUAUUCAAUCAAUGGAAACGACUCGAUGCGUUGGUGCAGUACCAAUAAGUGAUGUCGUAAAUGUUUUUGUUCCACCAGUGCAAGAAAACUGGGAUAAUGAUCCACCGGAGAAAACUUAUGACGCCUUGGCAGCAGCCAUGAGCAAAGGUGUAUCAAUUCCUGAAGUUGGUUUAUCUAAAUCAAAAAAGAAGAGUUUUAUCAAAUCUGAAAGAUUACGAAUUAAAAAUCUUGAGGAUAAUGGUGUAAUUUUCAAUCCUACUACCAAGACUAGUAAAAAUCAGAAUUUCGAAGAUGAACAAACUGAUGCUUUGGACGAUAUGGAAACUCCAUUACGACCACCACGUUCAAAAGCGGCUGCCGUAUCAAUUUGUUCGAAUACAGAUUAUAUCGAUGAAUCAUUAAAUAACACGAAGCAAUUAAAUUCUACAAUACACUCUGAGAUAAGUGCUAUUUCUACGUCAACUGCAAUUCCCAGGCAAUCGACAAAUUCACAAUUUACAGUUGAAUCAGUACUUGCAGAUGCUGCGAAACAAAAUGAGGAAAAAUUUUCUCAAUCCUCAAAUUAUUCAAUAAAUUUAUUUAAUCCUGCUCCAAAUGAAGUCGAUGUGAAUGGCAUUGAUAUGGGAAAUUUGCAUAUUUCUACUGAAAAUUCAAGUGCAAUUACAUUGCAUAAUAUUGACAGUAAUAUUUGUCCCUUGAAUGUUAAUAGUUCUACAUCAAAUAAUAGGAAUUUAUAACUUGUAUUAUCUAAAGUAUCAAAAUUAUUUGAUUAGAUUGUGGUACGAAUAUUCUUAUACAAAACAAAAAAAAGUCCAUUUGUUAAACAUUAUUUAAUAUGUAAAUUUUAUAUUUUCCAAUUUCUUUUAUUUGGAAAAUAUGGUAAUUGAUGUUAAUGUAUAAAUUAACAAAGAAAAUUUUAAUGAAAUAAAAUAUAAUUACGUCACUAAA